AUGGAUAACUUUAUCAGUCUCUUAGAGGGAGCACAUGCGAUGGACAAACACUUCUUGGAAGCACCAUUACAUAAGAACCUGCCCGUCAUAUUGGCAGUUUUAGGCGUGCUAUAUAUCAAUGUUUACGGCGCGGAAACCCAAGCCAUCCUUCCGUACGAUCAGUACAUGUCCCGCUUCCCAGCCUACUUCCAACAAGGCGACAUGGAAUCGAAUGGCAAAUUUGUAACCCGUCAGUCACACGAAGUAAGCUAUGCGACGGGUCCCAUAGUCUGGGGCGAACCGGGCACCAACGGACAGCAUGCAUUCUACCAACUAAUUCACCAAGGGACUCGUCUGAUCCCGGCCGAUUUCCUGAUCCCCGUGCACACUCAAAAUCCGGUACAGAACGGCAUCCAUCAUGAGGUAUUUACUUCAUUUUAUGCUUUUCAUGAUAGGUUGUUUUCACGCUUGGGAAUAUUGAUUAAAGAACUUGUUCGUUGUGGUUUCAUCAUACAUGUCGUGUCCAAAAUGUGA